AUGCUUUUAUCAUCAAUUUUCUGUUUAUUAUUAUCUAACGCAUUGUCUUUUAGACGUGAUACAGCUAUUCUGUAUUCAAGAGUAGGUAUUAUAAUCUUAUUUUACUGUGUUUAUUUAUCUUAUAAUAAUUUAUUUAUAACAUAUUUAGAUAAUGGUAUAGGGUUAUUUGGUGGUUUAUUUUAUACAUCACCUAUUACACAAAUAUUUCAUAUAUUAAUAUUUAUAAUAAGUAUAUUAAUACUGAAUUUAACUGGGUUUUAUCCUAGAAAAUUAAUAUCUAGUGAGUAUUUAAGUUUUAAUAAAUUAUUAUUUACAAAAUUACAAUUUGUUAAAAAUAUUGCUGUAUCUAAUAUAUUAUUAAAAAAAGGAGAACAAUAUACAAUAUUAGAAUAUACAUUAAUGUUAUUAUUUAUAAUAACAGGAAGUAUAUUAUUAAUAUCUAGUAGUGAUUUAGUAUCUAUUUUUUUAUCUAUAGAAUUACAAAGUUAUGGUUUAUAUUUAUUAUGUGCUAUGUAUAGAAAUUCUGAAUCUGCUACAUCAGCUGGUUUAACUUAUUUCUUAUUAGGUGGAUUAUCAUCUUGUUUUAUAUUAUUAGGUAUAGCAUUAAUAUAUGCAAAUUUAGGUGUAACUUAUUUAGAUAGUUUUUAUGUUAUUAAUAAUUUAGCAGGUAUAUUAAAUGAACAAGAAAUAACUACAUAUAUACCUUAUUGUUUAUUAUUAAUAACUGUAGGAUUUUUAUUUAAAAUAUCAGCAGCACCAUUUCAUUUUUGAUCACCUGAAGUAUAUGAUGGUAUACCUACAAUAGUUACUACUUUUGUAGCUAUCAUAGCUAAAAUUUCUAUAUUAACAUUAUUAUUACAAUUAGUUCAUUAUACAAAUAGUAUAUAUAUUACUACAGAAUAUACUUGAACUACAAGUUUAUUAAUAAGUUCAUUAUUAUCUUUAGUUAUAGGUACUGUAUUAGGUUUAACACAAUUUAGAAUUAAAAGAUUAUUUGCUUAUAGUACAAUAUCUCAUUUAGGUUUUAUGUUAUUAGCAUUAACUAUUAAUAGUGUUGAAUCUAUACAAUCUUUUAUUUUCUAUUUAAUUCAAUAUAGUUUAUCUAAUUUAAAUGCCUUUAUUUUAUUAAUAGCUAUAGGUUAUAGUUUAUACGCUUAUAAUGAUAAAAAUAUUAAUCAUUAUAAUUUAAUAGAUAAAAAUAACUCACCUAUACAACUUAUAAGCCAACUUAAAGGAUAUUUCCAUAUUAAUAGUUUCUUAGCUUUAAGUUUAACUAUAACUUUAUUCUCAUUUGCUGGUAUUCCACCUUUAAUGGGAUUCUUUGCUAAACAGAUGGUAUUCUCAGCUGCUUUACAAGAAGGUUUUAUAUUCUUAACUCUUAUUGGUGUUUUAACUAGUGUUAUAAGUGCUGUAUAUUAUUUAUUUAUAGUAAAAACUAUGUUCUUUGAUGGACAUUCAUAUUCUUACUUUAAUAGUUUAAAAGAUAUAAGAAUACCUGCUCUUAUUUUACAAAAAAAUAAAGUAGUUAAUAAAAUAUAUUUUAAUUCUAAAUUUGCUUUAUCUAGUUCUUUAUCUAUAACUAUUUCUAUAUUAACUUUAAUUAUACUUUUAUUUAUGUUUAUGCCUAAUGAAUGAUUACAUAUGUCUAAUAUAUUAGCUAUUAUAUUAUUUGUACCAGCUGGUAUAUAA